UCUGGUUCUUAUCCAUCGUCUCGAGCCGUCAGGUCAAUGAUCAUGCAUCAACUCUCUGUCAUGGCAUCAAUCGCCGACAUCGGCGUUAAGAUAAAUCCGAAAUUAUUCUCUGCUCAAUAUGCCUCGUAUUUUUUGCUUCCGCUGAAUCCCCUCCCCCUCUGUGCUGGCCUCUUCGACGUUUGUUGAAGUGUUGGGUGUGAAUUCCGAGAUAUCAUCACUCUACACAUCUAUCCCCUUUCGUUGGAUUAGCUGAGAGGUCUCUGUUCGACAUGUCGACCCCAUCCACCUUUAAGCGCUUUGUCGAAGUCGGCCGUGUGGUUCUCGUCAACGAUGGACCUCACGCUGGCAACCUCGCCGUCAUUGCCGAGAUCAUUGACCACAACAGGGCAUUGAUCGACGGACCCAACUCUUCCGUUCCCCGCCAAUCUAUCGCUUACCGUCACCUCAUCCUCACCCCUUACACCCUUGCCAAGCUGCCUCGAGGUGCUGGUACAGGUGCCAUCAAAAAGGCCUUUGAAAAGGCCGGUGUUUCUGAAAAGUGGGAGCAGAGUGGAUGGGCCAAGAAACUCCACGCUAGACAGUCUAGAAAGAACGCCAACGACUUUGAGCGAUUCCAGAUCCAACUCGCCAAGCGCUCUCGAAGGGAUUUGGUUCGCAAAGCUUACGUCAAGGAGAAGAAGGCUUCGGCAUAAGCGGGUGUUAGGAGAUGGAUGCAUGGAGGAGGAGGAGGAUGGCUCGAGUCCUUUCGCCUGGGACGAUGAGCGGAGCAUGAGCAGGAGGACACUAGGCAGUCGUUUCGUAGAGUCGUCGCGAAAUGGUUUCUGUCUUGUACACCAACGGGGCGUAAUGACACUCAUCAGCAUUCUGCACGUUUGCACGUGGGCACAGCAAGUGUUGACGUGAUCCACUGUGGGUACAGCCCCGGUCCCCGAGCCCCUGCCCCAGUGUGUAUGGACUGGCUGCAUAGAGGACCAGUGACGAUGCGCGAGUAGUGCGCUAAUACGCGGUCGCACUCUGAUCGUAGCUUUUCGCCCUGCCAAGGGGUACAUCAAAGGGGGAGUUAAGAACAUUCUCCGACAUCCGCAGAAAGGUCCACAAACCCCAGGUCCUGCAUAUGACGUCUGGCCACACUGUCCGAACCUUC